UGGGCACAUAACAUGAGAAAUUGAUCACACGUAUGACUUUGUGCAGUACUUGUCGUGCAGGUACUUGUUCUACAGCUUGAGUCGCCUACCAACAGUCUUGGCGAACCUCCUCACAGUGUGAACAAGUGGAGCGACACUACUCCCGUACACCAGACAAAUAAAUAUCCAUCGACAACAACCCCCCAGCGACAACUCUGGUGCUAGAAGACGCCGCUCAAUCCUCGCACCGGCUUCAUCGAAUCGUGCACAGGACGCUAUCGACUCUACCUCGAACUUCGCCACCCCCUCGUCGUUGUCGUCGCACGAUACCCCCCCUGGCUGACCAAGGCGAAGCUCCCUCAAAUAACCUCGUCUUCCGCCUUCCUAUCGCUGCUAGAAGCCUAUAUCGAAGUCGUAUAUCACAGUAUUCAAGACCAGAUUUGUAUAUCACCGCACCUGAGCUCAAAUCCGAGGUUUCUGGGUCCCCGAGAACGACGCGAAUGAGAAGGACCGUGGUCACACGACAACGCGCCGGAGGAAUCUUCUCCUAGGAUAUAUCUGUCAUUCCACUCUCUCGAUAGGAGCACAGAUGACGGCAGUUGCGAACCCACCGAGUUUCCAGCAACCACUCAAUCGGACGCAAUGGAGUUCUAAUGGUCAAGGAGCCCUUAAUUCUAUGAACCCCGACGAAGUCGCUCGGAUGUUCAUGCCGCGGAAGAGUGUACAGCGUGCCAAUUCAUCAUCCUCCCUCUCCUCUAACUCGUCGACCUCGUCCUCGGGCACGUCUACGAUGUCGAACGCCUCCCAGCAAUCGACCGGAACCUUGACUCCCGUGAGUGACGUCGGUACAUGGUCGAGCACGACGGCGGCAGGGACGCGGAAAAAGCCUCAGAGAACUGGUCCGUGGCCUGUGAGCAAGUCGGAACCGGUAUCGGGAGUCACGUCGGCGCGUCCUCAGUCGAUCCUCGCUCCAAAUGGAGUCUCUGCUGCGUCGUCCAUAUCGUCGAUGCAGCAGCAACCACACUCGGUCAACCCUUCAAACCUUCAGAAUCCUUCUCAACAACAGAAUGGAGCCCGAGCGGGCGCACCGCCUAAUGAUGGAAACCCCGUGUUAUACCUUCUAUCGAUGAAUGGGACGUUCGAACGCAAAACAAUCACUGUUCCGUAUUACCCAGACAAUUUACGUAUUGGCCGACAGACAAAUGCGAAAUCGUCACCGACCGCCACCAAUGGAUUCUUUGACUCCAAGGUCCUAUCAAGGCAGCACGCAGAGAUUUGGGCAGAUAGAAACGGCAAGGUCUGGAUUCGUGAUAUUAGGUCUUCGAACGGCACAUUUGUCAAUGGUGCACGGCUAUCGCCCGAGAACCGAGACUCGGAACCCCAUGAGCUUCAGACUCAAGAUCAUCUAGAGUUGGGAAUUGAUAUCGUGAGCGAAGAUCAGAAGACUGUGGUCCACCACAAAGUUGCGGCAAAAGUUGAGCACGCUGGCUUUCUGGGCGCUACAAAUAAUGUUCUCGAUAUGAACUUUGGUGAUCUCGACCCCGCAAAUGGAGUGCUCAUGCUUCCCUCGCAGAAUGGAAUGAUACGAGGCAGAACAAACAGUCAAGGAUCUAUUAUGAACAAUGGGCGUGCACCAGGCCCGGGAGUAAUGCAAGUCGCACAACGCCCAAUGAACUUCUGGUUAACGCCUGUAACGACCGAGCAGAUAAUGAAAAGACUAACGAAUGAGGUGAGGCACGCGAAACUACAGAAUAACGAUCUUUCUCGCACCGAAUUGUUCUUGGACACCUUGGUUUCGCAGCAGCUAUUCAAAGAAGAAGAAAAGCCGGAAGAGCCUAUCAAGUCCCUCCAGCCCAAUGGCGUUUCGUUCAAAAUCGAUGCGAAGCCGCGCUUCAGCGACCCACCUGCACCACCACCCCAGCAGCCACUACCGGAGAAGCCAGAUGCGCCUCGGGUACAGACAUCCGAGACGUCAUUGAAGCGCGCGAAUACAGAACGGCCACGAUCUGCAACGUCGGCGUCUCCAGUCAAAGAAUCCUCCAGCCAAAUUAUUGCGCUCAUAGAAUCGCUAGAAUCGGCGAAGAGAGAGAUUGACGAACAAAAUGAGCGUAUGCGUACUCUAGAGAAGAUGCUUCAAGAGGAGCGAGAGGCAAGGCAAGCUGCCGAAGAACUAGCGAAGAGGCUUGAAGAAGAAUCAACUAGGAUACAUGUGAAUGGGUUUGCCAAGGGCGGCUCUAUAGUUGAAGAGGCGUUUGAACCACCGAAGGAAGUCGCGCCAGAGGUUGUAGGUCUGGAAUCUACAGCCGCAGAUGAGGACAAGUCGAGUACCUUGAACGCUGAAAAUGUGGAAGCAUCUACGAAUACCUUACAGGAGAAGCUGGAACUGAUGAUGGUUGAAAUGAGGGAAAUGAAGUUGCAAAUGGAAACUUAUCGACACCGUGCAGAUACGGCAGAGACGGAAAGAGAUGAUGGGAGGAAGUCAUUGGCAGAGAUGGUUGAGAAGAUCAGAGCAGAUGAUCAGGCAAAACGAGAGACGGCUGAGCGUGCUAAGGCAGCGCUGGCUGCCUCGAAUGCAGCUGCCUCGUCGACUGCUGGGGCGGACAAAGAGGUAGAAGAUCUACCACUGGCGACAAAAGAUAUUGGCCAAAACGGUACCAUAUCAACGCCACAUGUCACCAAACCUCCCGAGAACCAGCCCGCCACUGCUCUACAACAUCACCCUGGCAGCCAAGAUCACAGGCUACUCGAACACUCCGCUCCUUACGCAUCUAUGAUCGGAGUCGUUCUUCUCGGCAUGGGCUUGAUGGCCUACAUGAACGGGUGGCAGAAAGGCGAGCGAUGAUUUCCAACAAGUAUUUUGAGCCAAACACAAACAAUUCACGUAAUCCAGCCGGCGUCAAAGCAUUCAUUAGUAGCACGGCGAUCCUUUCCUUUGUCACGAUAUGUUUUAAAGCAUGCACGCGUGCAUUGCAGGUCUCGGCGUUUUAGGGGACGGGCCGGAGCACGGUCCGGCGCGUGCCGGAUGGGGGGGGGUGGUGUUUUUUUUAACUCUCUCUCUUAUUAUAAGUUUGUGAAUAUACUGGGAGUGCGAUAUAACAUUAGGACCUUCCCUUGUCGGCGUGUUUGGG